AUGAAGAACAGCACAAUUUCCGCAUCAAAACGUUACAUUAAGACACAGAAAAAGCAGAAGCAGAGUCCUAAGAGUCCAUUAAUGGUAAAAGAUCUCAACAUUUUAUCUUCUUGUUCUUCUUCCUUUUCUUCUUCUACUUCUACUUCUACUUCUGGCACAACUGUUAACUCCGUUUCCAGUGAAGCUCCAAUGGGUUGUCUCAGAUUCUUUCUUUCUCAUGAUUCUUCUGAUGUUUCUAAAAGUGGUUGCAAUAGGAAACCCAGAUCUUGUAUAUCUGGUAAGAAUCCCAAAUCUACCUCUAAUGUUAAACAUUUGAAGGAGAAUUUGAGUAACAAUGGAAGAAAUGUAGUGAAAAAUCGCAAUAAUUUGCAUAACCUAGAGAAACCCACGAAGAAAAACCCUCCUCCCCCUCCAUGUGUUUACCCAAAAUCCAGUAAGAAACCCAGAUCUAGAUCUAAUCUAUCUGAUGGUUUAAGCAAAUUGUCUGUUGAAAAUACUCCAAAUUCUACUCCUGUAAUUAAACUAGGAAAUGGGUUUCAUUUGGGUAGUCAUGGUAGCUGUAAAAAAACAUGUAAAAUGGUUGAAAAUAACCCAAAAUCUGCUGAUACAAGCAGCCCUAUUCCCCCAAUUCAAGCUUCAGUGUCUCCAGAUAUACAAGGUGGAUCAACUUCAGUAGUGAAAGCAACUCCUACUACUUGUUAUGCUGCUGGUCAUGUUCUUUCUGGUGUUAGUGAUAAGAGAAAAUGUAGGCCUAGGGGAUUACUCACUAUUGGGGAUAAUGACUUGUUUGGAUCCUGUAAAACUAGGGUUUUUAGUAGUAAAGAUGAAAAUUUCAUUGGGAUUCUUAAAAGGUCUAGGGUUUCUCUUGUUCCUUCUCUAGAAGAAGCUUCAAUGCAUUGGAUUCUAUAUCCUUGUGAUGAGAAAAGCACAGAUAUAGAUGAUAAUAAAGAGGAUACAAAUGGGGUUAAAUUGAAUAGCCAUGAUAUUGUAAUGCCUUCUAAAUCAUUUAAUUCACCUUCAUCAAGUCUUGGCUUUUCCUCUGAUUGUGAUGCCACAAGUGUUUCUCAUGGUAGUGAGAGUAUGAGCUCGGAGUUUCGAGCCCAUUUAUGGCCUUCAUUCGAGCAUUUUGUGCGUUGUCCCUCUCCGGCUUUGGUUUAUGUUCAUGAUUAUGAAAGUGAAACUACAUUAGGGUUAGAAGAUUCAGUAGGAAGUGGAAAUGUUAUUCAAACCCCACAAUCAAAUUCAAGUUCUGAAGAUAUUGGAUUAUCCCGUUUGAGUAUAGAUGAGUUAUCUAGACCUUGGUUUGAAUGUGAGCUUAAUUCGGUAGCUGAAGCUCUUACCAGAGUAAGCUUGUCUCCAGAAUGUGAGUUACCUAUGCUGGAUUCACCUAAGACGAGUUUUGAGUUUAAGCCACUGAUUAAACCAGAUAAUUCAAUUGACUUCGCCAGUUUUCGGAAAGCCAUUGAUGAUCAGAUUUCUUAUGGUGUUCCUGAACCUUUGUUUCAUAACUCACCUGAAUCAGAAGUUCAGAUCUCAUGGAGAGAUAUGGAUGACUUAGAUUGUUGCAGGUGCUUCUCUGAUGAAGAAGAUAAUGCCAAUGAUAGCAAUGAAUAA